UGCAUUUACCUAUCGCAAGGAAAAAACAAACAAAAGGGGAAAAAGGGAAAAGAAACGUCGUCGUCGAAGGCAAAACGGGCGUCGGGAGCUUCGACAAAUGAUCCUUUGAAGAAGAUCGGAUCGAUACCACCGUCGCCUUCAUCCUGCCUCUUUUCUGGUAGAAUAGGGGCACAAGAUGCCGUGUUUUCGAUCUUCCACGGCGCCACUGCGGCGGCUCUUCGUGCUGCUUUUGCUUCUAUCCGCGUCGUUCGCCCCGGCGGUUGGUUUUGGUUCCGCCAAGAGGAUGUACAUGAGAGAGAAGGUCCGUAACAUGUUUUACCAUGCAUAUGAGAAUUAUAUGGCUUAUGCUUUUCCACAUGAUGAGCUAAAACCUCUCACAAAGACUUACACAGACUCACUCAGUGAACUUGGAAAUUUAAAGCUGGAACACUUGCCUCAUUAUUACAAUGGUUCCGCAUUGACUCUCGUUGAGUCGUUGUCGAGCCUUCUUGUCUUAGGUAACUACACUGAGUUUGAAAAAGGAGUUCUUUGGCUUUCCGACAACCUUACUUUUGAUGUGGAUGCUCGUGUUAACCUUUUUGAGUGCAACAUAAGACUUCUUGGGGGGCUUGUCUCUGCUCAUAUUCUUGCAACUGAUUCUAAAAGCAGGUUAGAAAAUGGUUUGUAUAAGAAUCAGCUACUUGACUUAGCUGAAGACUUAGGUCAGAGAUUUUUGCCUGCAUUUGAGACUCCCACUGGAUUGCCUUACGCAUGGAUUAACCUAAAGUAUGGAGUGAUGGAGGAGGAGACAACAGAAACAAGUACAUCAGGGUGCGGUUCUCUUAUUCUUGAAAUGGGGGCAUUAUCACGACUAACUGGCAAUCCUAGAUUUGAAGCUGUUGCUCUUCGUGCUCUCCGCAAAUUAUGGAGCAUGAGAAGUUCUUUGAAUCUUUUGGGCACUACACUUGAUGUGAUUACUGGAGAGUGGAUAGAGUAUUCCACUGGAAUUGGUGCUGGAGUUGAUUCAUUUUAUGAAUAUUUAAUGAAAGCCUAUGUUAUUUUUGGAAAUGAUGAGUUUUGGGACAUGUUUCACUCAGCUUAUCUUGCUGUGCAGAAGUAUUUCCGGCAUGGACCCUGGUAUCAUGAAGCUGAUAUGAGGACUGGGAAAGCAACAUAUUGGCAACUAACAAGCCUUCAAGCCUUCUGGCCUGGUCUUCAGAUUCUUGUGGGAGAUGUAUCUUCUGCCAAUUCAUCACAUCGUGAAUUCUUCCAUGUAUGGGAGAAGUUUGGUGUAUUACCAGAAAGGUAUCUUCUGGACCAUAACAUGUUGCACCCUACUGAGAAAUAUUACCCAUUGCGCCCAGAACUUGCAGAGUCAACUUUUUAUCUUUAUCAAGCAACUAAAGAUCCUUGGUAUAUGGAAGUGGGUGAGAAAAUGAUUGAUUCUCUCAAUUUUUAUGCUAGAGUUGAUGGUGGUUUUGCAAGCAUCAGAGAUGUUUCAACUAUGCAACUAGAAGAUCAUCAGCAUAGCUUCUUUCUCUCUGAGACGUGUAAAUAUCUGUAUCUUCUUUAUGAUGAUUCAUUCUUAGCCGAUCAGAACUAUGUCUUUACUACUGAAGGUCACCCCCUUCCAAUCAGAAGUUCUUGGCAUGAUAGACUACCAGAGGCCUUCAUCCCUAGGAACUGGACUUCAGUGAAGGUUGGAAACCAAGCAACUCGAGCGAGCGCAUUGUCUCAACAAGUUUGUCCUGCAACAACCACUGGCCUACGAGAUUCACAACAGAUAGAGAGUGCUUGUCAUGUCCCCGAUUUGCAUGUCGAUCACAGAUGUAGAAUGGAUGAUGAAUGUGGCAUCGACUCGACGACGUGUAGGAAUCGGGAUUGCAGUAUGGCUGGCUAUUGCGGAUUGUGGUCAUUCACGCGAUAAUUCUCGACUCAUACAAUAGCUAACAUUCUUUUUUUUUUUUUUGUUAGAGAAAUAAAGACAUUUUGAAAAUAUUGAUUUAAUUGUCCACUGGAUGUGGUUGAUUUUAGUGCAUUUAAUCUGUAGAAAAAAUAAAGAGAGAACUAGAUAACCUUGAAUUUGGGAUGA